CGGUAUGCAUACUUUCCACUGCCACUAGGUCCUGUCUACUUUUCUAACUUCAUAUUCUUCUGUUGCAGAAAGUGUUUACUCUAUCAUGGUAGCAAUUGCAAGCCUCCCAGUUUGCAGAUACAUGAGCAUGACCUCGACCUUAGCGAGAACGACAGUGACAAGGAUUCCCGCGAGCAGCACCUUGAGCAGGCAGACAUGGGUCCUGGCAAGGGGCGUGGCAGGGGGCGUGGCAAAGGACAGGAACGAGACGAUCAAAUGGCUCUGGGAAGCGGACGCGAGUGAGGUCAUGUUUGCCGUUGGACACAGCCAUGGCUGUAGGCUGACGCUGGGUUGUUACACUCUGAACACACUGAAGCCUCUGCGCCCUGAGCAAGUGGAGAAGGCGCUGGGCCAUCUGCAGAGACAGACUCAAGCUCUUCGUGCAUUCAUGAAAAUCAGAAACGGAAAAUUCUGGAUCUGUGAAAGUGACCAAGAUGAAAUUCGUUUCAAGGUGUUGGAGGGAGGAGAUGUCAUGCAGGAGAUGUGGGGCUACACCAACACGCCCAUGGGCUACGACCAGGCCCCUCUCUGGCAGACUGUCUUUAUGCCUGGUAAGGGCAGUGACGCCAGGGCUGCCAGAAGGCCUUCCCACCUGAAGGAGGUCCGAGAACAGUUCCCUCAUCAGAGCUACCUCGUCAUGCCCGUCCACCACUCCUUCAUCGGCGGUCCAACGAUGGCUUUGAUCGUCCAGAGGCUCGUGGAGCUCCUGAAUGACGUGAUCGCAGGCCGCCCCAUCGACGACUCGCGGCAGAUCGGAGAGCUGGUGCCGUCGACGGAGAUCGACGCGGCGAAGCGCAGGAUCCGGGAGGAGUUGGAGAGGGAGCCGGCACGUCUGGAGGCCAUGAGGGAGGAGAUGGUGGCCUGCGACUCCGAGCCGAUCCUACUGAAGGCGUUUCCGAGGCCUGGGGGCGUCCCCUCCUCCGGCCACGUCUUCAGGGACGUUAGCCCGGCACUCCUUCAGAAGUUCACUGCCAAGUGCAAGUCCGAGGGCGUGACGUUCAACAGCGGCCUGCAGGCGGCCAUCAACACGGCACUGGUGGAGACUGUGACAGAGGCCGGCCUGCAGCAGGACGCCUUCAGCCUCAGCAUCAACCUCGCCACCGACGUCCGCCGCUACAUGAGCAGGAACCCCCUGGAGGUGCUUGGCCUGCACGUGCGCCCUACUGUACACCGCGUGGUCACACCUGCACGCGUGCGCGACCACUUCUGGCACUAUUGCAGGGCCAUGCACGGGUCCCUGUCGGGUCUGAUCCGCUCCGGCCUGGCCCUGCAGCAGGAGGUGGUACGAGAGAUGACACAGCCGCUCAUUGACCCACACCGAUACUACAUGACACCCCCGCCAGUACUCAGAGACUACGGCCUCGCCAAUGUGGGCGACCUGACUACGUUGAUAAGGGGACAGGGCGAACACCUCCAACUGACGGACAUCCUCAUGGCUUCAUCUGCUCACCGUUUCCUCUUCAUGAUGCUUCAUCAGAUCUACACAUUCCGCGGUCACUGCCCUUACUGCGUCAGCUAUGACACGACCUACAUGACUCACGAUACAGCCAGUUUGAUUGCAGACAAAGUGUUAGCAACAGUCGCGGACGUUUGCAAAUAACUGGUUUAACUUUUUGGACCCGUUUGAAUAUCAACUUUUCUAUGACGAACGGUGACGUCAUUAUAAACGCUAACCGAGAUAUAUGUUUUCCAUGUUAGGUUCUAUAAUUUGCCAAUACGUCCUAACUACUUUAUCAUGACUAUAUCCAAAAAAGGAAAAAUAUGCAUACUUUCUAAUACAUCACAAACUGACAGGGUGACAGUAGGUGUAUCAAAUGUAUUCAUUUUAUGACGUUUGAGAAUUGACGACUUUUGAGGAUCUACAUACGGUUUAUUUAUAUGAUUUAUCACCUUGUAUUUCUUUCUUUCCUUGAUGACUGCAAUAAAGCUUAGAAGUUUC